ACUGGAGGGGCCAUAAGUCUGAGUAUGCAGUCCAGAGAACUGGAGGGCAAAUGAGGUUAUGAGUAGGCGGUCCCCAGAACUAAAGGAGAAAUGAGAGUUGAAUAAGUGAUUCAGGGUUUAGGGAAGGAAUAGAUUUUCUUUUUUUGCAGACGAUGAAUAAAGGAAACGUUUGUCUGAUAGAAGAAGGAAGUCAGAAAGGAGAUGUUGUGGGGUAGGAUUGUUCAGAACAGAAGUCAAAGACCAACUUUUCUUAGAGAAAGAAAUAACGUCUGCAAAUGAAAUGCUCUUCCUGCAAAUUCCAUUGCUAGCAGUUCUCCUCCCAGGUGGUGACAAUAAAGAUGUCGUCCAGGAACACAUCUUGUUUCAUGUGAUCCAGAUCUCAUCCUUUGCCAACCAAUCCUGGGCACAAAUUCAGUGUUCAGGUUGGCUGGAUGAGUUGCAGACUCAUGGCUGGGACAGUGAAUCAGGCACAAUAAUUUUCCUGCACACCUGGUCCAAGAGCAACUUCAGCAAUGAGGAGUUUAUAGUCCUGGAGCUGCUGUUUCGUGUCUACCUCAUUCGAUUAACUCAGGAGAUUCAAGACUACGCCAGUCAAUUGCAGUUCGAAUAUCCCUUUGAAUUACAGGUGACAGCUGGUUGUGAGCUGCAUUCUAGAAACACCACAAAAAGCUUCUUGCAGGUUGCUUAUCAAGGAACAGAUUUCCUGAGUUUCCAAAACAUGUCAUGGGUACCAUCUCCAGAGGGUGAGAUCAGGGCCCAGAGGGCCUGUGAUCUAAUCAAUCAGUAUGAAGGCAUCAAGGAAACAGUGUCUAAGCUCAUCAGAAACAUCUGCCCGCGAUUUGCCUGGGGUCUCCUCGAUGCAGGGAAGAUGUAUCUCCAGAGGCAAGUGAAGCCAGAGGCCUGGCUGUCUGGUAGCCCCAUCCUUGGGUCUAGCCAGCUGUUGCUGGUUUGUCACGUCUCUGGAUUCUACCCAAAGCCUAUUUGGGUGAUGUGGAUGCGGGGUGAACGGGAACAGCCAGGCAUUCAGCGAGGUGACGUCCUGCCCAAUGUUGAUGGGACAUGGUAUCUUCGGGUGAUCUUGAAUGUGGAGGCUGAGGAGGCAGCUGGCCUGUUUUGCCAAGUGAGGCACAGCAGUCUAGGAGACCAGGACAUCAUUCUCUACUGGGGACAUCACCUUUCCUUGAACUGGAUCCCACUGGCAGUGAUAGCACCUCUAAUACUUCUGAUGGUCCUUGCAUUAUGGUUUAAGAAGCACCGCUCAUAUCAAGUCAUCUCUUGGGAUUCCUCACCAUGCUGCCCCCAUUGCAAUGAGAAAUAAACAGCUCAGGAUCCUAGGACAACAGAGUAAUGCCAUCCUUUC